UGUGCCGGGCGCCUGCGCCGGCGGUGCCUAUCGCUGCUCGCUCGCUCUCUCUCUCUCGCUCUGCUUUGGUCUUGCUAAGAAGCGACCCGAGUGAAAUGUAACAAAACAAGCGGCGCCUUCGCCCGCGCUUAAAGGAGCCGCGCUCGCUCGGAGGCGAAACUGAGGGCGGGGGGAAGAAGUCGCGGGGAAAGUGGCCCGGAGGAAAGGGGACGAGGACCCUGUUGUUGGUUUGCUUCCUCCACGUUCUCAGGUGGGACGCGGAGCCGCACGGAGGGGAAACUGCGGCGGGGAAGGAGGCUUGCCUACCAAGAAGGAAAGGGGAAGCAGGAAAGCGGCAGGACGAGGGGGACGCGCGCCGGACUCUUGCUGAGGGACCAGGGCCGGCUCGAUGGCAGCGGCGCCGUCGGAAGAGGCGCUCGCUGCCGCCGCCGCCGCUGUUGCCGCCGCCGCCGCCGCUUCGGGCAGGACCUGCGCGAAGUUUGCUCGGUGAUGGCUUGAAAGUUGCCGGCAGCGCCCGGGGAAGGCUGGCUCGACGGCCCCAGCGCGCCUGCCUGCCUGCCUGCCUGCCUGGCCUUUCUCCCUCUUUCUGCUCUGCUGCUGCUGCUGGUGUUUGUUUCGGACUCGGCGAGCAGCGCCAUGUCGAAAGUGAUCCAGAAGAAGAACCACUGGACGACCAAGGUGCACCAGUGCGCGGUGAGCCGCGGGGCUCAGGGCCAGCUGGGGGUCACCAUCCUGGGGGGAGCGGAAUAUGGAGAGUUUCCUUACGUCGGGGCGACGGCCGAGGAGGACAGCGGCGGAGGCGACGGGAAACUGGGCGAAGGGGAGCUCUUGCUGGAGGUGCAGGGCAUCCGGGUGUCGGGCUUGCCCCGCUACGACGUGCUGGGAGUUAUCCGCAGCUGCAAGGACCCUGUCCUUUUCAAAGCCGUCAGACAAGGUAAAAGGAAAGGAAAUUGCGGGCGGCGGGGGGAGAGACUGGCUGGUUUGCAAUAGUGCGGGGCUGGGGGGCGAAGACGACGCGGGGAUUGCACUUGCGGGAGUUUGGCGCGGAGGCGAGGGGACUUGAAUCCCUCCACUUUUUUCUUGGUUUGGUGCGAGGAGGACGCUUGGAGAUCUGUCUCCUCGACUGCCGGCUUUCUUGGGGUGCUGCUGGCGACUUCGGGGGAAGUUUGCGGGGCUGCGAACGAACUUCAGCCGCCUCCCGAGACGGAGCGACGACGGCGAGGCUGCCGCUGGUCCUGGAAGCGGUUUUGGGGGGGAAGGGGGGGAGCCUCUCUUUCUCCUCCGCAGUGCACCGAGUCUGCGGACAAGGGAACGGGGCUAGUGGCGCAGGAGAAGCUGCGCUCUUUCUCGGACUGGCUCGGGGGCUUCUGGUCUCGGUGUGGAGUCCGUGUGCCUGGUUUUUGUUAAAAAGUCAAGAGACGACGCACUAGGGUGGGACCUCUGGCUUGACCCGUCUCGAAGGGAUGUGUGAUGGGUUGAUGGAGCUGGCGUAGCUCAGGCAGUAGAGGCUCUCAAAAUCUCAGGGUCGUGGGUUCGAGCCCUGCCUUGGGCCAAAAAUUCCUGCAUUGCAGGGGGUUGGACUAGAUGACCCUGUGGGUCCCUUCCAAUUCUACGAUUCUAUGAAGGGAAAGGCACUCUUGAGACGUGAGUUGGAGUGGUGCCUAGCUUUAGCCAGGACAGAAAUAUGGAAUUCUUAAGGUGACCUCUGGGAUUUGGGGACCCCUAGCAAUGGAAGCAGGAUUUUACCCUGCUCAAGAUUUCAUUUAUUUAUUUAUUUAUUUUCGUAAAAUAGCUCUCUGCUAGGUCAGGGUCAAGGUCACAUCUGCCUGAUGUGAACUUCAUCAUGCUCUGUUUCAAGCGAUUUUUAUUUUUUUUUGACAGGUGUGAAAGUCCUGAUUUAGUCCACCCAUCAGGGUUGGGUAAACUCUGUUGCAUUCUAGAGCCUUGUAACUGACUGGUGCUGGAGGGAGUGAUGGGAAGGUGCAGGAAGCUGCCUUAUACCUCGAGGCAUAUCAUUGGUCCAUCCCACUCAGCAAUCUUCUCUACUGAUGAUCCAAUAACUCUCCAGGGUUUCAGACAAGCUUUGUUGUCAGCCUCUCUGGAGACGCCAGGAAUCUAACCUGGGAUCUUCUGUGUGCAAGGCAGAAACUCUGCCACUGACCUAUGAUCCACCCCCAAAUUAAAUGGUUCAAAAUUUCUAAUCUGCCCCAUCCGUAGGGUGAGGUUGGGUUUGCUUCUUAAAACCCUGAUGGCAACAGAUAUCCCUUAAAAAAACCAGGCAGAAAACUGAAUACAUCUUGGAAUCUCAGACCUGUACAAGCAAUAUUAAAAAAAAAACUAGCUAAAGUUUGCUCUUGCUUCAAAGGAAGCCUGGGACUUUUUCUGUUUGGAACGUUGGAUUCCAAUCCUAGUUCCUGAGAUACGAGGUGGCCCUAUAAAAGAGCGUGCCAAGCCUUCAGAAAGAGGAACUCCAUAGGUUCCGUUCCUCCUUUUUUUGUACUGUGCUAGGAAUAAGUCCUGUCUCAUGCCUUCCAUCACAGGAAGAAGAUGCUGCUGCUUCCCAGUCCCAUUCCUGGACGAGGCUUGGUUUCCACUUGUUGGACGCUGUUUGAGCUAUAAAAGUUGCCUUGGGAGUGGACAAGCCCAACAAACUCUUGUUUUGCAUUGAGCAGCGUGGGAGGUGUGCCUCCUCCCAGGUCAGCUACUUGGCUGGUCCUUGGGAAGCGAAUGAGGGUGGUAGCUGGUGUGUUUAGAAAAGGGGAGGGCUUGGUUUCUAUGGCAAGGAAAUUGCUGGGUAAUGCAGGGUGUGAGUGCGCCUCAGAUGCUUAUCGGGUCUAAGUAGAGUUUUAUUACUCUCCUAAAAGAUCACACACAGAAAGAUAAGUAAUGGGGAACCCUUAAUAUGUUUUUAAAAAAGGAAGGCUGGAGAACCACAAAGUGUUUUUUGGUGUUUUUUUUAAGUCUCCCAAAAUAAUGUGCUCUUCAAGUGUUUUUGUCCUGCCCCCCUUACCAAAAAAAAAGAUUACAGUGGUACCUCGGGUUAAGUACUUAAUUCGUUCCUGAAGUCCGUUCUUAACCUGAAACUGUUCUUAACCUGAAGCACCACUUUAGCUAAUGGGGCCUCCUGCUGCCACUGCACAAUUUCUGUUCUUAUCCUGAGGUAAAGUUCUUAACCCGAGGUACUAUUUCUGGGUUAGCGGAGUCUGUAACCUGAAGCAUAUGUAACCUGAGGUACCACUGUAUUUGUGUGUGUGUGAUCAUUCUGUUGGCUUCUUUGCUUUUCUUCUUUGCAGUCUUUGACUGCAAAAGUUGCGAUGGGCAAAGCCACCUUCAGGGAGCUUUUUACUGCUGCCAUUUUCUUUUUUUAAAAAAGCAGCCACAAAUCAAGUCUGCCUUUUUUCUCUCUCCUCGCCCUCUCUCCCUCCCUCUGCCAGUUUGAAAAUAACGGAGUCACCCUAGGAGAGAGAGACAGAGGGGAGCAUCUUUGCUUUGUUUUGAUGCCAAGGCAGUAAUUAUUUGGGAAUGGUGCUCUGAUUCUCCUGGGUAAGCCGAACUGCAUUCUUCUCCGCUGCCACCCUCCACACAUCUCCCUUGGGGACUCGGCUCUAAGUUUUACGGCUUGUGCUGGCUCCUUCAGCCCUGCAGCUCCCGUUCAAUUGGAGAUGUUCUUUUUAAGAACUGCACCAGCGCCCCUGGCCACAGACGGUUCCGGGAAGGGCUUCUGCAGUUUGUCAAGUGGUGAGUCCCUGGGUCUGGUGGCAAACUCUAUUAGGGAGCCAAACAAAUAUUUCACUUGACUGGACCUAGAGGAAUUUCCGGAGAGACCGACUCCUCCCUUCGAAUUGGAACAUUCGGCUGCUUUGCUGGAGGAUGACUCCUUGCCUGUGUGUUUCUUAAGUGUAGGCAUGUGAUUGCCAGCUGCCUCCCUUGCUUUAUGUCAAAAGAUUGGCAUGGAUUUCUACAUGGGAAAUGGAUUAUUUCUCUCUCUCUCUCUCCACCCCCCCUUCUUCCCCCCUUGCCUGCCAGGAAUGGUUUAUUUUCUGCUUUGCUGAAAUCCCAAACAUUUCUUCCUUCAGACUUCCCUAGCAACAGGACGCUUCUGGAUCCCUCAUAGCCUAUGCAGAGACGCUUGUCAUUCACUUCUGGCCUGUUCAAGAGCCUGUUCUGGUUGGCAUCCACAAAGUUUUUAGGUGUCAUAGCCAGGGAUAGUUCUUGUUGUCCCUGUGAUUAAGCAAGCCAAGCCACCUUACCCUACCCAGAGCAAUGAAAAGAUGUGGGUGGGUGUCCAUCCCCCUCUGUGGCUUAGAGGCCAUUGCCUGGGGAUUGGCUGAAAAGCUCUUGACUUCUGCAAGUGUCCUGCACACCAACAAGCUCCUGAAUUAACAAGUGGAAUUUUUGUCCACAGCCUACCGCAGAUUCAUCGUGCCAGCUGAUUAGUUAACAGCUAUUAGCUGGGAUAGCUAAGUGGAACUUCAAUUUCCAGAGGCAGUAAACCUGUGAGAGAUUUCACCUGUUUGUGGUGCUUCACAGACACCUGUCUAGAGCAGGGGAAGGGGGGGGGGAGGAGAACCUUUGAGGCUGAUCCAGCAGGGCAGUUCUUCUACUCUCGACUGCAAAAUGAAAGAUGCAAAGAAGCUGCUUUCUCAUUCCUCCUCGGAGGCUGUUGGUGGGGUCUUGCAGCCCUGCUUGCUUCCCUUUUCUCCCUGUGUUUUGCUGUUGUGAACUUGAGUAAAGCUCAACAAAAACAUAAGGGAAACAGAACAGAGUUAACAGAGAACAUUCAACAUUGCAUAGCCACUCUGUAUUCUUUGCAUUUAACCAUAAGGAGUACCAAAGGGCAUCCAGGUAUCUUCUUGCUCAGAGACAUUAACGUAGAUGUCUCCCAUGCUUAAAUGAGAGAUGCACCAGAUGUGAUAAGCAGUGGUUCUGUUAGAACACUUAUUGAUGCAUCUCAUGGUAAAGUUUUAUUUAGCCUAGGGCUUGGAGGCAGGAAUUAGUCUCUGAGAGGCAUCAUAGUGUACAGACACAUUUCUUCUGUUCCAAUCUGCUGGUCAAACAGGUCUUACAGGAAAACUUGCGGAACUUGCUGGCCAGAUAUAGAAGCAGGAAGAGUGUGUACAUGCUACUGAGCAGUGAUCCUGUCUUCCAUUCUGCUUCUGCCUCUUCUUAAUACACAGAGACUGCAAGUCACACUGGAAAUAUUCUUACCAAAAAUUGUGAACUCUUAAAUCUUGAUUCAUGUUUUGACGGGCACGAACUAAUACUUAGCAGACCCUUCUUGAUUGCCGGGUUCCCACAAAAUAACAUUGGGGCGGGUACAGAAAAUAAGUUUGGAUGUCCGCCUCUCCCCCUUAUUUUGUAAAAGGACCGGCCCUACUGUUGGGCAGAGUUUUCAGGUGACUCCUUCCCACACAGGUGCAGAAGCAAGGUUUAGGAUGUGAGCUAGCGGGAAGAGUGCUGUUGCACUCAGGUCCUGUUUGCAGGCUUCCCAUAGGCCUCUGGUUGACCACUUUGAGAACAGAAUGCUGGUCUAGGUGGGUCGUUGGCUUGAGCCAGUAGAGCUCUUGUGCCCAAGAGACUUCUAAGCUAGCCUGUUGCCCUGGGGUGCACUGGAAGAUGUUGUCUCAUUGUCAGUGAUAAGUAAGGCUGUAUUGCAUGUCAGCUUUUGUAUGUAGAAUGGAAAGGAAGGUGCUAUCUUGUCGCUGGUCUCGGGCAACAAGAUGUCUUUGGUUGGCCAGUCUUGUAAAAGCAGUGUUGGAUUGCCUUCUAGUUGCUUGGAGAUCCCCACUGCACAGCAUUCAAACUCUUGUUUGUUAUUAAACAUAAUGCCACUCGUUCCCUCAAGCAGGAUCCUGUUAUGCUUGUUAAGUACAUUGAGUUGCCCCUGAAAUAAAUGCCUGUUUCCACUUUUGAAGGCCUAGUGCCAAGCCCAUCCUUGGCCCCAGCUCCAAAUGUGCUUCCCCGUAAGAAUAGGUUUCCAAAUCGAUGGAACGCUUCGGAUGCCAGUAGGUAUUCUCCUUGCUUUUGCAAUGUGGAGGUUGAGACCUACAAAAACCCUGUGGUGAAACUGACAGGAGACGAAAUAAAACCGGUGUUUCCUUACAUGUGGGUAAGAAAGGCCAAAGCCUGGCAAUGUGAUUAAAACUUGCAUUUCCUUGCAUGACUUUGUGUCUGUUUUGAGUUGUAGGCUGUUGGCUACAGAGAUUAUGAAAUUAAAGUAUGAACUGCUUGUCACUUAAAAAUUGAAUGUCUAGGUGCAUAGGAUGCUUCCUUAUCCCAAAUUGGAUCCCUGGUCCCAUUUAGCUCAGUGUUGUCCGCACUCCAGGUUUUCAGACAGGAUGGAUUUUUAAUCCCUCCCCAUUUUUCCUUUUCUUUUUUUAAAAAAGAAAUUGCUCUUGCGUUUUCUAAUUCACUGCAUGAAUCAAUCCUUCUAAAGUUACAGCCCGUGAAGAUCAGUUUACUUCAGUGAUAUAUUUAGAUUAUUUUUGGUUGAUUUAAUUUUUUUUUUAAGGAAACAAAAGAAAUUAAACCCAGCAUGCCAGCGAAGCAAGACAGUGGUCCUAUUUUCUGCUUGCUGUCACAUGUGCUGCUUUGACAACAUUAAUUUGACCCUGAGAUGUAUGUGAAAGCAGAAGGAUGUAAUGGUAGAUUUCUGUGCAAGGGCUGGCAUUAAUUACCCAGGCCAGCUGUGGAAUGUUAGGCUCAAUUACAUUUACCAAUGCGAAUGAAACAGGCUCUUUAAAAGUUAUUUGCCUGAGCACUUAUUCUGACAUGCUUCCCCUGAGGGUGUCUGGGAGGGAUGUGAUGUCUUCAAUAGUCUGAAUUUCUCCUCUUGUGUCCCUCCAACACCCUGCC